GCCCCGCCCCCAUCCGGCCUGGCGGUAAGAUGGCGGCGGCAGCCGAGUGCGAUGUGAUCAUGGCGGCGCCCGAGGGACCCGGCGAGCCCGAGAGCGAGGAGGAGGCGCGGAGAGAAGCAGAGUCUUUCAAGGAACAAGGAAAUGCAUACUAUGCCAAGAAGGAUUACAACGAAGCAUACAACUACUACACAAAAGCCAUAGAUACCUGUCCUAACAAUGCCAGUUAUUAUGGUAACAGAGCUGCCACCCUCAUGAUGCUGGGGAGAUUCCGAGAAGCACUGGGAGAUGCUCAGCAGUCUGUCAGAUUGGAUGACAGCUUUGUAAGGGGCCAUCUACGGGAAGGGAAGUGCCAUCUCUCCCUUGGGAAUGCCAUGGCUGCCAGCCGCUGCUUCCAACGAGUUUUAGAACUGGAUCAUAAGAACACUCAGGCACAGCAAGAGCUAAAGAAUGCCAGUACAGUGCUGGAGUAUGAAAAAAUAGCAGAAGUGGAUUUUGAGAAGCGAGAUUUCAGGAAGGUUGUAUUUUGCAUGGAUCGUGCUCUGGAGUUUGCUCCUGCUUGUCACCGAUUCAAAAUCCUCAAGGCUGAAUGUUUAGCGUUACUGGGUCGUUACCCAGAAGCACAGUCUGUAGCAAGUGACAUCUUACGAAUGGACUCAACAAACGCAGACGCGCUGUAUGUCCGUGGUCUCUGCCUUUAUUACGAGGACUGUAUUGAGAAGGCAGUGCAGUUCUUUGUCCAAGCACUCAGAAUGGCUCCUGACCAUGAGAAAGCAUGUUUAGCCUGCCGUAAUGCCAAAGCACUUAAAGCAAAGAAGGAAGAUGGGAAUAAAGCAUUUAAAGAAGGCAACUACAAACUAGCUUAUGAACUGUACACAGAAGCACUAGGAAUAGAUCCUAAUAACAUAAAAACAAAUGCCAAACUCUACUGCAACCGGGGGACGGUUAAUUCAAAGCUUAGGAAACUUGAAGAAGCAAUAGAUGACUGCACGAAUGCAGUAAAACUGGAUGAGACAUAUAUUAAAGCAUACUUGAGGAGAGCACAGUGUUACAUGGACACAGAGCAAUAUGAAGAUGCUGUAAGAGACUAUGAAAAAGUUUACCAGACAGAAAAAACAAAAGAACACAAACAGCUUCUAAAGAAUGCACAGAUGGAACUGAAAAAAAGCAAACGGAAAGACUACUACAAAAUCCUCGGGGUCGACAAAAAUGCCUCUGAAGAUGAGAUCAAGAAGGCCUACAGGAAAAGAGCACUCAUGCAUCAUCCAGACCGACACAGUGGGGCAAGUGCAGAAGUACAGAAGGAAGAGGAGAAGAAGUUUAAGGAGGUCGGUGAAGCCUUUACCAUCUUGUCAGAUCCCAAGAAGAAGGCCCGCUAUGACAGUGGACAGGAUCUAGAAGAAGAUGGGUUGAACAUGGGAGACUUCGAUGCAAAUAAUAUAUUUAAGGCCUUCUUUGGUGGGCCGGGAGGCUUCAGUUUUGAAGCUUCUGGGCCUGGAAAUUUCUUUUUCCAGUUUGGCUAAAACACACACACACUGCUCUGCUGCUUUUAGCCUUGAAUACGGACAUACUUAGACUCCUUCCUCCAUCAUGUCUCAUUGUACUUAGAGCAGUUUCAUUUCUCUCGGUUGGAGACCUCAGUUUGUGUGCGUUUGUGUGUGAAGAGGAAACCAGCUCGGGGAAGGGAAGGCUUGUGGAUUUUGUUUUACUGUUAACUUUAUUAAAAAAGAAAAUAAUAAAGCUUUGAAUCUGUUGGUCCCUCCAUGCUGGCCCAUGCUUUCAGACUGCUCCUCAGCAGAGAGGAUUUCCCGGAGUCCUCCUGGAAUUCUGCCAUGUUCUGUUCUGGCUGCACAGCACGGCAGCAUCUCUCAGCUUUGUAGGAGCUCCUCCGUUACCAUAACUCUCUGCAGUGUUGCCAGCAUUCCCUCAGAUCUCAUGCGAUUGCAUCUCACCUGCUGGCUGUCUCUGUCUCCUUUCUUUGCCAUGGUUCUCCCAGGAUGGUGCACUUGGACUCGAUCAGUAACGCAUGAGCUGAGCAGUUGUGUCAGAGAGAAAUGGAUUUAAAAGCAGCUGCUGUGGGAGCUCGCUGUGCUGCAGCUAAAGCUGAGGGCUCCGUGUUCUGCUCCAGGAUUUGUCCUCUUGAAGAGAAUGUGGGAUUUGCUCUGGGCUUGAAUUUUUUUCACCGUGUGUUUUUUCUUUUUAAUUAACCCACUUGACCACCCAAUACCUGUGCUGUGAACUUGAUUCUGUUGGGUUUGGAAUCGUCAUGUUAGACUUUGUGUUCCUGAGCCGUAGUGUGGAUGAACUCUUCUUAGCUUUGAAGAAAUGCAAAGUAAUAUUCAGGUUAUUACUGGAGCGGUUCUGUGUGUGCAGCAGUGCGUUCUCAUCGUGUUUACAAGGACUUCCCCGUACGAUAAAGCAGUCGAGUGGCUUCAAAUAGAAGUAACAAACAGUCCAAAGAAGCGAGAAGACGCAAAGUCCCACCCUGAGCUGGCAGUCUGUCCUUUGCUUCUCUUGCACAGUGCCUGCGGUGGUCUCGGAUGGGUGCUGCAGUGCAGAGCUGACAGCUGGAGCUGUGUGCAGCUGCAGCAGCUCAGGUUGGAGGUGGUGGUGUUUCAGUGGUGCUGCUCUGUUGUUCAGCAUAGCUGCAGGGAGAUCUGCCGGGGCAGGGCUCUGCUUCCACAGUUCUUCCUAUUUUCCUGGAAAGCAGAGGAUCUUUUCCAUCAGCUGCUUUGUUGAGUGCUGUUCUGGUGCUGUCACAGUGCUGUGCUUUGCAGUGGGCUCAGCAGCGCUGAUGCUGUGCAGAGCAGAGCUGAGGUUUGCGUGGGUGGGAAAACAGGUGUUCGUGCACAUACAAGUCCUCUUCCUAGAGAAACCUGAUGCUUUUGUAUGAUAUCUGACUUCUACUGCAGGAGCAAAAAUUGCAAUCAAUUAAUUGCACAGAAUGAUUCCUUCAGAUGCUGACAUCUUUGUCUUCCUUCCCGCUGAGGCUGUGCGUGUCCUGAGCUGCAGAGCUGCUGGGCUGCAGUGCACGUCGGCUCCACCCCAGCAGUUGGUGCUGCAGCUGAUGGGUUUGGGCAGAACUUGUGACAAUCUGCUCUCGUAGAGGGAAGAUUUAAGGGCUUAAAUUCGAGUAGUGCAGAACGAAGGCAGUGUUUUAUAGUCGUUCAAAGUCAGCUUUUAAAGUGAGCCAAUGUUAAGUCGUAUCUCUAAGAACAGACCACAGCAUUUAUUUAAUGUCCUUCACGUUGGAGUGAUGUGAUGGAUCGACCCGCAUUGCACUGAGAGCAAAAUGAGGUCCUGGAGCUUUUCAGAUGAGUCCCCAAUGAACCCAAACGCUGUCUGUGCACUCUGAGGCCUCCCAGCUCCCUUAGCUCUGCUCAGCCACACUUUGCAGCACUUACUGCAGUGUGGUGUUCCGGACUCGUGACGCAUUGUCCUGUGUGUGUGUCAUUACUGUAAUGUACUUACAGUAAUUACUGUGCAGCUCGGACCUCUCUCAGCCCUCUGUCACCACGCAGAGAUGUGCACUGCGUUCAGCACUGCGGUCGUUGUGGUGGUGGUUGGCAUUUCUGCCUCCUCGCUGUGUGCUCUCCUGGCUGGGGAUGAGACCACUCCUGAGAGGGCAGAAACAGAACAGCUGUCUGAGACUAUGAGUGCAUGAUUUAAAGGAGUUAAAUAUUGCUGUGGUGAGUGCCAACGCUCCUCUAAGGUGCUGCUGUGCGGGUGGAGCUGAGGAGGGGCUCCGUCCCUUCUGCAGCCCUCUGGGGUCCUCCAUCGCCCCGAGGCGGAGCAGUGCAGGUGUGGGUGCCACGCAGUGACCUCCAGGUCUUUGUGUUGGUGUUUGGGAGAUGCCUGCGUGUGCGCUGAGCUGACCUGUGGGCCUGCAGGUCUGCUGGGUGUGUUCAGUCUUUUCUUUGUGUGGAUUUGCUUUCCGUAUCUGAUGCAGUUUCAGCUCCAGGUUCUGCACGGAGCACUGCGUGUCCCUUCCAGAUGCUGACCCUGGGCCUGAAGUCAGCUUUAGAGACCAUCCUGCUGCUUCUGGCUGCCCCUUUUGACAGGCUUUCCCAGUUGUCUGCUAUCCGUGCUACCUAGGAAAGUACAUGGUUUUGUCUGUGAUCUCGGAAGUGUUGCUGUAACGCUGGAUCUCGUGCUGAUGGCUUCUGACUGUUUUGUAGAUACGUGCAUUAAUGCAGACCGUGUGGGUGGAAACGGUUUGGGGACGGCAGUGUGAAAUAGCGGUGCAGUGCUGUGAGUCCCCGCAGCUCUCUGUGUCGGGGUGCAGAGCAGCAGCGGUUGGGCUCUGCCCGUUCCCAGCAGGAGAGCUGCGGCCCCACGUUGGGCUGUGCUCUGCAGGUGCUCUGGAAGCAGUGGAAGGGCCAGAAGCGUUUGGUCUGUGCAGGGCUUUGCCAGUCCUUCCAGUUCACUCCCUCGGUUUAAUAGCUGAAGAUGUUCACUUGUCUUGAAGUGGAUGGGCUUCGUCCCCUUUAAACGUGUGCCUUGUAUCCUCCCCUUCCCAUAGGGAUAAGAUGUGGAUGGCUCCUCGAGUUCCUUCGGUAGCUCCGAGCUCUGUGUUCCGUGGCAGCAGUGCUGCGUCCAUCUGUGUGCGGGGACCUCUCUGCUCCCGGAGCUGCAACCCGGAGCGUUCCCUAUGGGAGCUGCUUCCCGGGAGCGCUGUCUGUGUCAGCACUGACAGAGGCCGUGCAUCGCUCCGCUGCCCCUCCUGCAGCCGGGGAUGGGAUGGGGACCUCCUGGAGCAGUGCGGGGCUGAGCUGAUGGGGGGGGAGAGAGAGAGAGAGAGCUCUGCGGGCGCUGUGAGGGCACUGAGGGGCACAGUGUGCGAAGCUGCAUUAUGGAGAGCGGCACAGCGGGGGGGGGGGGCAGCGCUGUGCUUUGGGGGCUGCGGGCGCUGCCUCUGCCCGGGUUUGUGGUUCAGCUGCAGCUCUGUCACGGCCAGCCCUGUCCGGGUAACUCCGUCUCGCUCCCCGCUUUCACAUACAAAUUCCUGCUUCAAAAGAGAGAGCCGUGGGGAGCGACGCUGGGGGGCACAGCAGUCCGAGCACCUUCAUUGCAUGCAGACGUGCUUUGUUGUAAAGACGGUUCGGAGCAGUGGAGACGAAAGCAGAGGCUGACGUGAAGCCGACUUGGAGAGGGCGCUGCGCGCCGUGCCGCCCCGCUUAUCCCAAUCCCCAUUCUGAAUGCUUACCUCGGUGUCAAAAUACCUUUCCGGAGGGAGGAAAGGAGCCCUGCAUGGAGCAACCCAACCCCCCCGCUUUGCCAAACCUCUCCAGGGCGGCUUCACCGCGGUGCGAGCGCUGCCCCUCCUCGGACCCUUAACCUUUCUAGGAUGUGAACGGUAACAGUGUGAAUAUUCGUUGUUUACUUCAUUAGGCAUAACUCAUAAUGCUGUGUUUCUAUGAAGAAUAUCACAGACCGAAGCAAAAACCGUAUGCAAUUGGUUUACUUUAUUAUAAACUGUAUAUGAUGUACAAACUAAUAAAAAGGUGGAUGAGGA